AUUUUUCUCUUAUUUUUACGUGAAAACUAAUUUUUAUCGAAAAAAUGAUUUUUAUUGUUUCGAAUAAUAUUUCUGGGUAUAAGCAUCAUCGAUAACAUAAUUGAGAUCCAAUGAUGACAACAUAGAAACGACUGUAAUCCGAAUUUAUUUCAGCAUAAUUUUCCGAGUUUUUAAUCAUUAUGAAAUGAUGGCUCAGACAAUGAUGAAGAAGAUAGUUGCAAGCAGUGCCUGCCUGAUGGUGGGUAUCACAAGAAGAACCAGCUCUCGUAGCCUGGUGACAGCAAGUAACAAUGUGACUGCUAAAAAGGAACGCAACUUGCCGGCUGAGGGGGAGAUCACCAAGUCUGUCUUCAUGUCCCAAUCAACUGACAUCUACACCAACCUGGCUCUCGAAGACUGGAUGUACCGCAACAUGGAUUUCUCUAACCACCAUGUGAUGAUGGUUUGGCGUAAUGAACCAUGUGUUGUGAUUGGAAGACACCAGAACCCAUGGUUGGAAGCCAAUGUCCCACUUUUGAACGAGAGGGAAAUAGCUCUAGCAAGACGUAACAGUGGUGGUGGUACUGUGUACCAUGACCGUGGAAACCUGAACAUCACUUUCUUCACUCACCGUGAGAGGUACGACAGGAAAUACAACUUGGAGCUGAUCAAAAGGGCACUCUUCAGAGGAUUUGGAAUCAAGUCUAUCAUCAAUGAACGUCAAGACAUGGUUGUUCGAGAUAAAUACAAAGUAUCUGGAACAGCUGCUAAGCUAGGCCGUCUGACAGCAUAUCAUCACUGCACACUUCUAGUCAAUGCCAAUAAGGCAGAUCUCAGCAGAGCCCUUGCUAAACGCGAGCAUGGCAUACAGACUCAGGCGACGGCAUCCACGCGCUCUGAAGUGGCCAACCUGUCGGAGAUGGACAACCGCGUCACCGUGGAGAGCCUGCAGACUGCCAUCGGCUACGAGUACUUGCGCACCGCCGCCCUGAGCCUGCAAGACGGGGGACAAGGCCAGAUCUCAAAGCAACGUGGCUUCCAAUUCGUUAACCCUACUGACGAUUGGUUCCCAGGUCUUGCGGAAUUAAGAAACGAACUCCAAUCUUGGGACUGGAACUACGGCAGAACACCCGUGUUUACAGUGAGCCGCUCUUUCCCCGUACCGGCGGAGUUGCUCGCUCCGUCCAAGGCGUACUCUGCGACACAGGAGCUAGUCAUAAGCAUGUCGGUCGACAAAGGUCUGAUCGAUGACGUCACACUCAACAUCCCACCGGGCCUUGUGGAGUCCGGCUUCCACGGCGAAGCAUCCGUCAUCACCCAGCUUAAAGGAAAGAGGUUCACUUCAGAAGCUCUGACUGCACUCCAAGACGCGAUGCUCACGAGACACAGCAGUGACGUCAGAAAGUUGGACGACAAGGAACAGUUCGUCGCCAAGUGCUUCGACCAAGUGGUAAAUACAGUGUAAGUCUCGGAUUAUGUACAUUUGACGACGUAGGAGCUAUGAGUACUGUAUGUUAGCAUAAGUAUCAUUAAACAAAAUAUUGUGGACAUUGAGUAGACAUUGUUUAAUGAUUUCGUGUUGAUUAUGCUGUAUCAAUCUAUAUCUACAAUUAUCAACAUGAAAUAUAUUUAAUAAUGUAAAUAGUCUGUAAAUUAUAAUUAUAUUUUUUAUACAAUUGAAUGUAUUUACGCCUAACUAAGUGUGAUAUCUUGUUAGAUUCCUCUCUUCUGCUUUUUAAUAUUCUUUUUCGUCUUUAUUAACUUCCAAACUGCUUUAUUACAUUACUUAUGUGUUUUUUUUAGUUUAGUGUAUAUUUGUAAAUAUCUGGAUGGUUGGCGGAAUAUUGUCGGUACUAUUUGAAGGAUCUUGAAUCUCCUGCGACAUUUUUUCCUGCUUAUGUGAACCUCGCGUCAAUAUUGCGCUGUCCGUCCGGAGUUACUCACGCGAGUCGCACCCUAGUGCCGAACGCUACAAGAAUGCAUCAUAUCAUUUGUUUUAAUUAAUUAAAUUAUAAUUUUGUUACAGAAUUAACGUACCCACGUAAUGUUACUUAUCAAACAUUUUGUGUAGCAUGUAUUACCUACUGUAUUGUAAUCAUCGUGUAGACUUUAUUCGACUAAUUUACCCAUUUCAUAACCCACGCAACCGUGUUUCCUUGACACCACUCCGAAACGGGGACUUUUUUGUAUGAAAUGGAUGUAGAAUAAUUAUAUUUAAUUUAGUUUUAUUUGUAUAUUUUAAGUUUUGUUUAAUUAUAUCCAAGAGGUUGCUUUGUAAUAAUAACAACAUACGUAGUUUAUAUACCUAUGCCAAGUUGCGAGAUCCGUGACUCAUCGGAUUCUUUUAGAAAUAAAGUUAAUGGCUUAAGAAAUUGGACACAGAUUUAUGUUAUUAUUAUUAUUAAAUGGGAGAUUGGAUUUGAAAGUUACUCAUUGAAAUAAAAAAAGUAUGAUAAAAAAAA